AUGCUGAAACGUUCAUCGAAGGUGGAUCUACCAUGCUUCCUGAUUCGUUGGCCCGAAGCUAGUUUACGUUUAAGCUGCAGAAAGAUCGCUACUUUUUCGACUCCGACGAAACGCAGCCACACGAGUGGUGUCGAACUGCGUGCUUUGCAGAGGACACGAGCAAGCUGCCUGGAUCGAAGGCCCAUUACGCUCAAUGGACUUCAACUGGCGGAGGAUGGAUCUGCGCAUCCAGUUAGGAACGAGCUAUUUUACCACCUCGUCGAAGGAAGACGUCGUGUACGAGCGGACGCUAAACAGCCCAGGUUCCAAGUUAGCCCAAGCUACGAGUACGGCGCAGUGGCACCCGGCGGCGGUUCGGGCGAUGGGACACGUUCGAGGAAGUACGGUGGUGAUAAUGACGAUAAUGAAGAGGACAGGGCCCUCGACCCUGAAAUUGAAGCUUUGCUAAGGAGAGAGGAACGCGGAGUUUCUUCCCUUCCUGAGGAGUUCCAGCGCAAAGUCGGUGAGGGCAGUCUCGCUGUGAAGGAUCUGAAACGCCUCCUCAUUAUCGAGAAAAUCCCUCUAAUCGGUGCGCUGGCCAGUAGGUGGCCUGGUCUUCGAAGUCGUCUUGUUGCAAAUCCUCGUUUUAUGUCGGUCAUGGCGGUGGAGCUAGUCAUCGGCUUCUUUUCCAAAAGUGCAGCGGAGGUUAAACAGCGGGGCCGGAAUUUUUGGUCCGAGUUUGACUUCUACCUAUCGGAUAUCAUGCUUGAACUUGUAGGUGACUUUUCCCUUGUCUGGUUGCUCUCACCAACGAUGAAUGCAUAUCGAAUGCCCGCGACAAACUCUGCUUUCACUUCGUUGCUUGGGCAUCUAGAGCGGCUACCCAAGUUUGCUCUGCAACCGGGCAUGCAGUAUACCCUUGGUCAACGUUCGGCUUGUUUGCUUCUCAAAGGAUUGCAGUUUGGUGCUGUAGGAUUCUGUGCGUCCGUUGUUGGUCACUCACUUACGAAACUGCUCGUGUACUCGCGAAGGUGUCUCGGUCCUCAAUCAGCAUCGAGCUCGGUGAAGCUUGCCCCUGUCUUGGCCAAUUCGAUAUCUUGGGGGGCUUUUAUGGGACUCUCGAGCAACCUCAGAUACCAGGCCGUGAGCGCUGUGGAGGCUCGUAUGCUGGAGCCGCUUUUAGCUGGCGCUCCUGCGAUUGUCUUCACGACGAUAUCGUUUUUGCUGCGAUUCGCGAAUACAUAUAUAGGCGGUGUUCACUGGAUUCAAUGGGCCCGGUGGACAGGCGUUCAGUAG